AUGCCGGGAGGCUCUUCCCGGGCUGAACUGCCCGUCCGCCCCGAUCUGGGCAGCAGGAAGGAGGGGGAGGAAGAGGAGAAGGCGCCGUCAGAGCAGGAGGAGGAAGAGGAGGUGAGCGUGCCGGAUCCGUGUCCCCUGACGGAGGAGGGGCUGAAGGAGGGCCUCUCGCUCCUCUGUAAGACCAGCAACGGGCUGGCCCACGCCUACGCGAAAUUCGAAGCCAAAAGCAAGGACUUGACAGACAUCAGCCUGCUGGAGUGCUUCAUUCACCUGCGGUACGUGGAUUUGUCCGAGAACAAGCUGAAAGAUUUGUCUCCACUGAGCAACCUCACCCACCUGCUCUGGCUGAAGGUGGAUGGGAAUCUGCUUACCAGUGCCUGCAUGCAGGAGCUGCCCUACCUGCAGAUCAUCAGCUUUUCUCAGAACCGCAUCAAGGAUCUGGAGGGCAUUACCCACCCCCGCUUAGUCAACCUCAGCCUGCAAGGAAAUAAAAUUAAGACAGUGCUGGGCCUCAGCCAUGGGCAGUUGUUGAGCCUGCAAAUCCUGGAGCUGCGAGGAAACAGGAUAGAGAACACAGCAGGGCUCAGCCUUCCCAAACUCGAGAAUCUCUAUCUGGCCCAGAAUGUCAUUCGCAGCCUGGAAGGCCUGGAGGGGCUAGAACAGCUGACAACCCUGCACUUGCGUGACAACCAGCUUGAGACCCUGGAUGGAUUCUGUAGUGGCAUGAAGUGUCUGCGGUACCUUAACCUACGGAACAAUAAGAUCAGUAGCCUUCAGGAGGUAAAAAAACUGCAGGUCCUCCCAGUGCUGCAGGCACUGGUGCUGUUGGACAAUCCAUGCUCUGAAGAAACCAACUACCGACUGGAGGUCCUGGUCCAGCUGCCAAACCUGCAGCGCCUCGACAAGGAAUUGUUUGAGCCAGAUGAGCAGGAAGAGGCACAGAGAGUCCGCCAAGAAAGACAAGAAAAGGAAGAAGAAAAGGAAGUAGAAAAGGAAGAAGAAAAGGAAACUGAAGAACCUCCCCAGGAUGAUGUGACCGAGUGA